UCGGACGAGGAAAAUCCCCUUAUACCUGGAAACAGCAGUUAUAGAACUUCGAGAUAUCCGCGUUACGAUCGUGUUAGAGAGGAAGAAUUAUUAAACAAGAUUGUUCAACGAGCGGCUGAAAAUUUCAUUGAUAUAUCAAACACACAUGCCACCGAACGCUUACAACCGCAAGAUACUAUAGAUCGCGCGAGUGAAUACAGAGAGGUUAUGAAUGAAAUCAAGUUAGAUACAAAAAUAUUCCAAAAAAUACAAGAACACAACACUUUACCAAAACUUCGAAAUAAAAAAUCUUUUCACUCAUCGUCCCAGCCGACACCAAUAGUUGCGUCACCACCACCGCAUGUUGUGUUAAAAGAAGGAUGCGUGACCAAAGAAGAUGAAGAAUGGGCUAUGAGCGAUAUAAAUAGAGCCCUCGAAGAUAUUGAAGUUGAAUACGUGG